GACGAGGGCUGCUGCUGCUGAUGWGAUGGCCCCUCAGUCACUGAGGGUGGCGCAUGUACACGGAGUGUUUCAGAGCCCCUCCAGCUUCAACCAGCCGUCCGAACAGAAACUCAGGAUGAACAGCCUCAGUAACAUGUUUAAAAUCAGGACUACAUGACAAGAGGAUGCUCUUGAUUUCAACAGAAGCAUUAUAGUGCUGAGUGCUGACUCUUUAASUCGGUUUUGAUUAUCAGGAAUUAUGUUUCCAAAUAUUUUAAUUUUGUGCGUGCAGAUAUUCAGCACUGUGCACAUCGUGUCAUCUCUGGACCUGCAGCUUGGCAUGCCAAAUGUUUGCGCUGACAAGGAGAUGUCAGUGUUUGGGGUCCGUCGGCCAUGCAUUCGGGCUUUCACGCGCAUGGUGAAGGUGUGGAAGCAAGGCUGCCCGACCCAUAGAUGGUGUAUGGGCUUUGAAAGAAGGACUUCAUACUACACAACAUACAGACAGGUGUACAACAUGGACUCCCACACAGUCUAUAAAUGCUGCCACGGCUGGACCCAUAAAGAUGAUGAGGUGGGCUGUCUACACCGAGAGUGCAAGGCCAGCACUUGCCUUAAUGGUGGGAGAUGUGCGGAGWGCGGGGAUCUUAUUUGUCACUGUCCAGGGGGCUUCAAAGGAAUUCAUUGCCAGUACGAUGUUAACGAAUGUGAGGUGAAUGAAGGCGGUUGUGAAGGUUUCUGCUGCAACACCUUUGGCAGCUACUACUGCAAGUGUCCUGAAGGCACAAGACUGGGCACUGAUGGCAAAGCCUGUCAUGACAUAAAUGAGUGUGAGGAACUCAACGGAGGAUGCCAACAAACCUGUGUCAACACACGAGGCUCUUAUCACUGUGAGUGUAGUGAAGGAUUUCGAAUGCACAUCGAUGGUCGGACUUGCAUUGGUGUGAAUUCUUGCUCUGUGUCAAAUGGUGGAUGUGAGCACAAGUGUGUGGACAUGGGCAACGAUCAUUACAAAUGCGAGUGCAGGAGGAACUACAAGCUGAAAAGAGAUGGAAAACACUGCGAAU